AUGGCUCCAUCAACGUUGGUAUUAUCAGUGAUGAGAAGAGAGGAGCCGUUAGAACAUUUGCAGGAAAUUAUUCCGAUGGUUAUCGACAUUUUUUCGUCGCGCGAUUCGGAGCACAUCGGGCUACCGCGGUUACUAUCUCGAAGUGGAUUUCGGGAUACCAGCCCUACACGCGACACCUUUUUCCUAUCUGGGCGGGGCCAUCCAGUCGGUGACCAAUUACAGCUGGAUGAAUCCGCCUAUAACCGUGAUCCGCGGGAAUUGUGCACCGUUCAAAAACCCGAAUUCAUUGCCAGGUAUAGUUUUGUGAAGCGAUAAUU